AUGAUCGCCGUGUCCAUCCCCGCGGCGGAGCCCCCGGCGGCGGCAGCGCGCAGCCCCGAGCGGGCGCACACGGCGUUCCAGGUGGAGGUGCUGUGCAAUGGCCGGCGGCACACGGUGACCAAGCGCUACAGCGAGUUCCAGGCGCUGCACAAGCGGAUCAAGAAGACCUGCAAGGUGCCCGACUUCCCCCUGCGCCACGUGCCCAACUGGAUGCCCAAAGCGCUGGAGCAGCGCCGACAGGCCCUGGAGGUUUACCUGCAGGGUGUGCUGUACCACAACAAGGAGCUGCCCCAGGACAUCCUGGACUUCCUGAAGGUGCGGCGGUGCCAGCAGAGCCCCAAGGGCAGCAGCCCCCCCAGCACCAGACUCCUGCCCCCCCAGCGCCCCACUGUCGGCUUCUGCUCGGAUCCCUACGUGCGGCCAUGCGGCCCCGAGCUGCUCCCCAACACCGUCCUCAGCGGGGUCCUGCAGGGCCUCUACCUCCCCCUGAGCCGUGUCCCGGCCUGGCAGCACCCCCAGCCUCUGGAAUGAUGAG